UACUUCCUACUCGAAUUUGAUUGGUUCAAGCCAUCAGGGUGUCGGAAUCAAGCUUACGCAAGUUGUCAGCGUGUGUUUCUGUGCAUUUGGAAAAUGGCGAGCUGGUGUGUCCGAGUAGUGAGGCAGAGCUACUCUGUGUUAGCGUCCCCCGCGCUGAAGAGAGCACCUGUGCGGUUGCUGUGCACUGCCACCCAGCAGAAGAAUGGCCCUGGCUCAGAGGAGGAGGCUGAGAAGACGGAGCAGAGCCCAGCAGAAAAGGUUCUUACCGAGGAGAAGGUCCAGCUGGAGGCGCAGCUGAAGGACAUGACAGAAAAGUAUAAGAGAGCUCUAGCAGAUACAGAAAACCUGAGGACCAGGAGUCAACGGAUGGUGGAGGACGCCAAGUUAUAUGGCAUUCAGGGCUUCUGUAAGGACCUCUUGGAGGUGGCCGACAUCCUGGAGAAGGCCAUGGAGAGCGUCCCUAAAGAGGAGGUGACAAGUCAGAACCCUCACCUGAAGAACCUGUACGACGGCCUGGUGAUGACCGAGGUCCAGAUCCAGAAGGUCUUCACCAAGCACGGCCUGCUCAAACUCAACCCUGAGGGCCAGAAGUUCGACCCUUACGAGCAUGAGGCGCUCUUCCACGCCCCCGUGGAGGGCAAGGAGCCCGGGACCGUCGCCGUGGUGACCAAAGUGGGCUAUAAGCUGCACGGUCGAACCCUGAGGCCGGCAUUAGUGGGCGUGGCCAAGGCUUCCUAGGACCGAUUGGCUAAUGGCAUAACGAAUCGGGUUCAGCGUUACCAGUGGAAGACGAUGGACUUGGUGGACCGCCCAAAGCAACGCGGUCAUUUCCCUUAACAACUGUCCUCACACUCUGAGACUAGACCAGCACUGCAAACUCUGGGGACAGCGUCCAGCAGUUUUAAACUUCUUCUGCCAGUAGACGGGCCUGUACAGUAAAUAAGUUGUCAUCAUCAUUGUGGUUUGCGUUCUUUGCGUUGUAACACAAAGUUACAAGAAGCUUUCACAGUGUGGGGCAGGCCAGCAUCAUUAAACCAGAGGUUUUAAAUAAAGGCAUGUUGGGUCUGAGUUUAUACAAGAGGGGUAGAACCCAUUCUGCUGCUGGUGUCAUUCCAAACUUCUGUUUUUACCGUUUGUCUUUUAGUGUUUGGAGUUUGAACCUCAUCCUUGAAUUAAAGCUAAAGAGAUGUGAUGGAAACAGGUGAUACACCCUCUGCAGUUUCAGUAAAAUCAAAACUUUUGUUAUCGUAACUUAAUAAACCAGCCUCAGGCAAUGUGGAUCAUUUCAUAAUAAUAUUGAUGUAUACCUGCAGUGGUGGGCACACUUCCGCUAACGUGCUAAUAGCGGAGCUACUUUUCAAUUAGCACUUUUGCUAACUUUGAAAACUGUUUAGCACACUUUGUUCCCUUAGCUCAAUUUCUCUGGAUAACUUCUAAAAUGCAAUGGGCAAACUUUCCGAUAAAAGUUCAACAUCUCUUAAGUUUUGGCUAUUUAGUGAGAAAAUAAUUCAAGUAGUUAGACAAUUAUAUCAAUGCUCUUAUUUUGAAGUGAGUAAAAACUGUUUACACAGUAUUUCCGUUUCCUCAGCUCGCCUUUAAAUCCUCAAUAACUUUAUUUCAAGCAAACAUACAGUAACAAAAAUACAGCACAUUACAGAACAAUAUAUAAAAAAUACAAUGUCUAGACCAUUAUAGGAAGUGAAUGAUGUCAAAAUUAAAUUGGCGGUUGAGGGUUUGUUAUCCUUAGGGCAGAUACUUGAAUUGAAAUUGGCGCGUUAGCUUCUGCUAAAUAACAUGUUGGCGUAGCGUAUUAGCAAAGCUAUUGUUUAUAAUUAGUGCUUUAGUUAGCGGUGCCCACCACUGCAUAUCAGCAUGUAGGAAUGAUCUAACCUUCACCAAUAUGUCUGUAUUGGAUUAAAGUAACGCUGAAAUGUGUGAA